CAGCGAGUUCACACUGAGGAUAAGCCAUUCACCUGCUCAGUCUGUGGGAAAGGAUUCACUCAGUCAUCCACCCUACAGGUACAUCAGCGAAUUCACACUGGGGAGAAGCUGUUCACCUGCUCAGACUGUGGAAAGGGAUUCACUCUGUCAUCCCACCUACAGAGACACCAGCGAGUUCACACUGGGGAGAGGCCAUUCACCUGCUCAGUCUGUGGGAAAGGAUUCACUCAAUCAUCCACCCUACAGGGACACCAGCGAGUUCACACUGGGGAGAAGCCUUUCACCUGCUCAGUCUGUGGGAAAGGAUUCAGUCUGUCAUGCAACCUACAGAGACACCAGCGAGUUCACACUGAGGAGAAGCCAUUCACCUGCUCAGUCUGUGGGAAAGGAUUCACUCUGUCAUCCACCCUACAGAGACACCAGCGAGUUCACACUGGGGAGAAGCCAUUCACCUGCUCAGUCUGUGGGAAAGGAUUCACUCAGUCAUCUACCCGACAGAGUCACCAGCGAGUUCACACUGGGGAGAAGCCAUUCACCUGCUCAGUCUGUGGGAAAGGAUUCACUCUGUCAUCCACCCUACUGGUACAUCAGCGAGUUCACACUGGGGAGAAGCCAUUCACCUGCUCAGUCUGUGGGAAGAGAUUCACUGACUCUUCCACCCUACGGAGACAUCAGCAAGUUCACACUGGAGAGAGGCCGUUCACCUGCUCAGUGUGUGGGAAAGGAUUCACUGAAUCAUCUGACCUAAUGGCUCACCAGCGAGUUCACACAGGGGAGCGGCUGUACUCCUGCUCAGUCUGUGAGAAGAGAUUCACUCACUCUUCCACCCUAUGGAAACAUCAGCGAGUUCACACUGGGGAGAAGCCAUUCACCUGCUCAGAAUGUGGGAAGGGAUUCACUGAGUCGUCCACUCUACUGGUACAUCAGCGAGUUCACACUGGGGAGAGGCCAUUCACCUGCUCAGUCUGUGAGAAGAGAUUCACUCGGUUAUCCCACCUCCAGAGUCAUCAGCGAGUUCACACUGGGGAGAGGCCGUUCUCCUGCUCAGAAUGUGGGAAGAGAUUCACUGAGUUAUCCAACCUACAGAGUCAUCAGCGAGUUCACACUGGGGAGAAGCCAUUCACCUGCUCACAAUGUGGGAAGAGAUUCACUGAGUUAUCCAACCUACAAAGUCAUCAGCGAGUUCACACUGGGGAGAGGCCGUUCUCCUGCUCUGAAUGUGGGAAAGGAUUCACUGAGUUAUCCACACUACAGAGACAUCAGCAAGUUCACACUGGGGAGAAGCCAUUCACCUGCUCAGUAUGUGGUAAGAGAUUCACUCAGUUAUCCACCCUGCAGAGUCACCAGCGAGUUCACACUGGGGAGAAACCGUUCCCGUGCUCAGAGUGUGGGAAGAGAUUCAGUCAGUCAUCCACCCUACAGAGACACCAGCGAGUUCACACUGGGGAGAAGCCAUUCACCUGCUCAGUCUGUGGGAAGAGAUUCACUGAUUCAUCCACCCUACAGAGACACCAGCAAAUUCACACUGGGGAGAAGCCGUUCACCUGCUCAGUCUGUGGGAAGGGAUUCACUCAGUCAUCCACCCUACAGAAUCACCAGCGAGUUCACACUGGGGAGAGGCCAUUCACCUGCUCAGUCUGUAGGAAGAGAUUCACUCAUUUAUCCAGCCUACAGAGACAUCUGCAAAUUCACACUGGGGAGAAGCCGUUCAGCUGCUCAGUCUGUGGGAAAGGAUUCACUCAGUCAUCCACCCUACAGAGUCACCAGCGAGUUCACACUGGGGAGAAGCCGUUCACCUGCUUAGACUGUGGGAAGGGAUUCAUUUAUUUAUCCAGCCUACAGAGACAUCAGCGUGUUCACACUGAGGAGAAGCCGUUCACCUGCUCAGAAUGUGGGAUAGCAUUCACUCAGUCAUCCCAACUACUGGCACACCAGUCAGUUCACAAUGGAGUGGCCGUUGUAAUGAAUCCCUAGGUUUCGUUUGCUGAAGGCUAUUUUAAGAGAGAGAUUAAGGUGAUUCAGUCUGACUUGCAGCUUGUUUAGUUUUAACCGAGGACACAGACACCCAGAGUCAGACAGAGAUGAAGGAGGUAAAAUGGAAAGAAUCGAAACCAGGGAACUAAUGGCCAAGGGACACCGUUUGGAACUUUCCUAUGCCCACAAGGGUGGAUUAAUCAUCGAUUCACCGUACAUUGAAUGUGUGGUGGUCACCUUGUUUGAUCCAUAGGAGUGGCUCUGAUUUGGGGAUCCUGUGAAGACUGCUGAUGUGUUAACCCUUGCCUGGGUGUGGUGUGGUAAUUCACUUGAAGAUGAUACCCCUUGUGACAAGUCACUUUGGGUGAUAAUUAGUAUGUGAGAUUUUGGAAUGACGACAGAUAAAAUCUACAGCAACUGUUCUCUCAUUUUACCACUGUGGAACCUGAGGAAUUUGACAUAAUUGCAUUCUCUCAACAUUUACCCUGGAUUACAAAUAUCUCUCUCAUCACCUAUUCUGUGGAUGAAGUGAAGUUUCCUACUUUACCAUCUCAAGAUUCUAAGCCUUGAUUCCCCCGAGCUCAAUAGUUUGGGCAACACACAAAAUGCCGGUGGAACACAGCAGGCCAGGCAGCAUCUAUAGAGAGAAGCACUGUCGUUGUUUCAGGCCGAGUCCCUUCGUCAGGACUACCUGAAAGGAAAGAUAGGAAGAGAUUUGAAAGGAGGAGGGUGAGGGGGAAAUGUGAAAGAUAGAAGACCAGAGGGGGUGGGGUGAAGCUGAGAGCUGGAAAGGUGAUUGGCAAAAGGGAUACAAAACUGGAGAAGGGACAGCAUCAUGGGACGGGAGGCCUAGGGAGAAAGAAAGGGGGAGGGGAGCACCAGAGGGAGUUGGAGAACAGGCAGAGUGAUGGUUAGAAAAAGAGGGAUCAAACAAUCUAAAUAUAUCACGGAUGGGGUGAGAAGGUGAGGAGUGGUGUUAACGUAAGUUAGAAAAGUCAAUAUUCAUGCCAUCAGGUUGGAGGCUACCCAGCCGAUAGAUAGGGUGUUGUUCCUCCAAACUGAGUGUGGCUUCAUCUUGACAGUAGAGUAGAGGAGGCCAUGGCCUAUUCUGCUUUGACAGUUGAUGAAGCAGCUGAUUAUGACAUAGUGAGACAGGCUGUGCUCAAAGCUUACGAUUUGGUCCCAGAAUCAUACAGGAAAAAAUUUGGAAAUUGAAGGAAAUUUGUGAAUCAGACUUAUCUGGCAUUUGCUUCUCAGAAGUCUGUGUGUUUUGACCACUGAUGCACGUAUAAAAAUAUAAGUGAUGAUUUUACCGAUAGAAGGAGUUGGUUUUAAUUGAAGAAUUCGAAAGGUGCGUCCCUGAUGACAUAAAGAGAUAUUUAGAUGAAAAGGAUGCUGCCACUUUGCAGGAGUCUGCUAGAUUAGCAGAUGAGUUUGCUUUAACUCAUAAGGUUAAGUUUACCCCGAAAAAGAGCUUCCAAAAGAAUAGCAGGAAUCACCAGUCCAAACCAGAAAUUAAAGUUUGGACUAGUGAUAAGAGUAAGGAUGAAGGGAAGCAAUUGAAGGAGAAAUAUUCUGGUCCUACUUGUUACUGUUGUAGGAAAGCUGGUUAUGUGAUGGAUAAUUGUUCUGUCCUGAAGAAUAAAAAGGUAAAUGAGGCAGUCCCAAAUGCCUGUGUUGAAGCUUCUAUAAACCCAGAGGGUUCUGAACAUUCUGUUGAGGCUCAGUUAAGGUCUGAGAGGUCUGCCUGAGUUAAGAAGGGUUCGAACAUUUGAUGUCAGAUGGGAUUGUAUUAGUAAAUGAAUCGGUACCAGUGAAAAUUCUGAAAAGAGGAUGCUGUCCAAUUUACUGGGGCUUCUCAGUCACUCAUUCUAGGAGGCUGUGGUGGCCAGUGCUAUAAUAUUUGCUGUUGUGUACUGGGGCAGCAGGCUAGGGUAGCAGACUCCAGCAGAAUCAACAAACUCAUUCGUAAGGCCAGUGAUGUUGUGGGGGUGGAACUGGGCUCUCUGACGGUGGUGUCUGAAAAGAGGAUGCUGUCCAAGUUGCAUGCUAUCUUGGACAAUGACUCCCAUCCACUCCAUAAUGUACUGGUUAGACACAGGAGUACAUUCAGCCAGAGACUCAUUCUACCGAGAUGUAACACAGCAUCAUAAGAAGUCAUUCUUACCUGCGGCCAUCAAACUUUACAACUCCUCCCUCGGAGUGUCAGACACCCAGAGCCAAUAGGCUGGUCCUGGACUUAUUUCCGCUUGCAUAAUUAACUUAUUAUUAUUUAAUUAUUUAUGGUUUUAUAUUGCUAUAUUUCUUCACUAUUCUUGGUUGGUGUGGCUGUAACCAAACCCAAUUUCCGUUGGGAUCAAUAAAGUAUGUCUGUCUGUCUGUACGUUAGACAGCGUUCUAAAGUUUGGUGAUGAGACUGACACUGCUGAGGUAAAUCUUAUUAAAGGCAUUCGCGGCGGCAUAAUUUCUGUGCCAUUGCACAAGGCAACUUUACUGUCAGGGUUGGUUUCGGGACCUGUUGAGAUCGGAUUAUGCUCCAGUUUACCGGUGGGAGAUGUUACUUUGCUGUUAGGGAAUGACCUGGCAGAUGGUAAAAUUGUUCCUGCAGUGCUGUUGACAACUAAGUCAGCCACUGACGACCCACUGAUGGAUUUUAACAUUUAUCCUUCCUGCCCAGUAACUCGAAGUAUGGCUAAAAAGUCUGCCGACGCAGACGGUUCUGUACAGAAUGAUUCUGAUACCCAUGAUAGCCAAAAUCGGGAUUCCGGUUAUGAUGACUUGUCAGGAACUUUUCUGCCUUCAUUGUUUCAACAGGAUUUAGGUAGUAGGUCUGAUGAGAAAGAUUUAUCCCUGUCUAGGAAGGAGUUUAUAGCAGAACAGAUCUGAGACCCUGAGACUGAAGCUUUAAAAGAAACAGCUCUCUCAAAUGAUGAGAUUAAGAAAGUGCCAGGAGGGUAUUAUGUCAAGGAUGGAGUGUUAAUGAGGAAGUGGAGGCCACCUGCUAUACCAGCGAGUGAGGAAUGGGCAAUUGUUCACCAAGUUGUAGUUCCUAAGGUUUAUAGGACUGAAAUUUUAACUUUGGCCCACACUAUACCCUUACAUCGACAUUUUGGAGUGAAUAAAACUAAACAGGAUUAUCAAAAAAUGUUACUGGCCUAAUUUGAGGACAGAUGUUGUGACCUUUCGCGGAACCUGUCACACUUGUCAACUUGUGGGUAAACCUAAUCAGGUCACCCCAGUGGCUCCACUGUAGUCUAAACCUGCAUUCAGUGACUCCUCUUCAAAAUUUAUAGUGGAUUGUGCUGGCCCUUUGCCAAAGACUAAAGCUGGCCAUCAGUAUCUGCUAACUAUUAUGUGUACUACAUCCUGAUUCCCAGAGGCAAUACCUCUCAGAAAUAUUAAAGCUAAAACUGUGGCAAAGGCUGUUACCAAAUUUUUUACUUUUUCUGGUUUGCCUAAAGAAAUCCAGUCUGAACAAGGAAGUAAUUUUACAUCUGGAUUAUUCCAGCAGGGAGUUUAUGAACAGGGAACUAAACAAAUUACAUCAUCUGCAUACCAUCCAGAAUCACAAGGGGCUUUUGAAAGAUUUCAUUCUGCCCUCAAAACCAUGAUUAAGACAUAUUGUGUUGAAAAUGGAAAAGACUGGAAUGAAGGAAUACAUUUGCUUUUGUUUGCAGUAAGAGAGUCAGUACAGGAAUCACUGGGAUUUACUCCAUUUGAGCUUGUAUUUGGUUGUAGAGUGAGGGAACCUUUGACCUUGUUAAAGAACAUAGGAUUAAUGGGGAUGUACAUGUUAAGUUGUUAGACUAUGUUUUGAAGAUCAAAGAUAAACUACUCCACACCUGAGGUCUAGCGAGACAAAACUUAAAGAUUUCUCAGAACAAAGUGAAGUGUUGGUUUGAUAGGAGGGCUUGGGAAAGAAAAUUCCAGGUGGGGGAUAAGGUGCUUACCUUAUGUUGAAGAAUGUUGACAAAUCCACCUCAGGCGAAUCUCAAUAGACCGUAUGAAAUGGUCUCUCAAAUUAAUGAUCUGAAUUGUGUUAUUAAAACACCCGACCAAUGUAAACCAGCACAGGUUGUACACAUAAAUAUGAUACAGUCUUAUUUUGACAAGCAGGCACCAUCGGUGAGUGUUGUUGUCAAAACAUAUGAAUCUGGUAACCCUGAGAAUGAAACAAUUGACUCGUCUGAGAAUUUUCACAAGCCAAACAUUGUCCCAGUUAGGCUAAUGAACUCGGUUGUUCCAGAAAACAUUGAUAACAGGUUGGCACACCUGCAGCCAAAGCAACAACAAUAGCUGAAGAAAUUAAUUCUGGAGUUUAAAAAUGUAUUUCCCAUUGUUCCCAAGCAACCCACAGUCGCAGUACAUAACGUAGAUAAUGGUCAAGCCAAACCGCUUAAACAACACCCAUAUUGCAUGAAUGCAGAAAAGUGUAAAUUGCCUGAGCAGGGAAUUGAAUAUAUACUGGAAAAUGGUAUUAUUAGUCCUUUAGCAGCAGAUUGCUCACCCUGUGUUAUUGUGCUCAAACCUGAUCAUAGUGUUAGAUUUUGCACUGAUUAUAGGAAGGUAAAUGCAGUAACAAAAGCAGAUGCCCAUCCUGUCCCUAGGGAGGAUGAUUGCACCGAUAAGGUUGGAAAAGCUAAAUUUCUUACAAAGAUUGAUCUGUUGAAAAGGUAUUGGUGUGUUCCAUUGAUGGACAGAGGUAGAGACAUUUCUGCAUUUGUGACACCAUCUGGUUUGUGUGAAUACAAUGUUUUACCUUUUGGAAGGAAAAAUGCUCCAGGAACAUUCCAGAGAAUGAAUGAUCCUGUAAUUCGAGGAUUAGAACACACAGAUGCCCAUAUUGAUGACUUAGUCACAGGGAGUGACACUUGGGAAGAGCAUAUCUCUGCAGUGGAGAAGCUGUUUGACAGGCUUUCCCAGGCCAGCUUUACAGUUAACUUGGCUAAGAGUGAAUAUGGCCAUGCCACUGUGACCUGUCUUGGCUAUGUUGUAGGUCAAAGCAAGUUGGCUCCUGUUCGGUCAAAAGUCCAGGCAAUUUCUCAAGUUCCUAUUCUGACUGCUAAGAAGGCUCUUAGAAGGUUUCUGGGAAUGGAUGGAUAUUAUCGUAAGUUCUGUAAGAACUUUGCUGCUAUCGCUCUUCCUCUGACCAACCUCCUGAAGAAGGGUGAAAAGUUUGUUUGGACCGAGCCUUGUCAGGAGGCAUUUGAUUGAUUGAAAGUUAUUAUUUGAAUUUAGGCCAAUCAAUGUAGUGUUGUCAUCACAUUUAAUUAGCAGAUUGGAGCUGUAGGUGACAGCACAAGUCAUGGGUGCACAGAAAGUAAAGGACAGGACCAAAGAGACAACCCUGUGGGGUAUGUGUGCUGAGGGUCAGAGAGACAGAGGAGAUGGAGCCCACUCUUACCACCUGCUGGCGAUCUGACAGGAAGUCCAGGAUCCAGCGACACAAGGCAGGGUGAAGGCCGAGGUCUCUGAGCUCCUUGUCGAUACUUCACGCCUUCGUAUGGCUACUGCUCUGCCCAUGACUGCAAGGAACUGCAGAGAACUUUGGAGAGCAGUGAACAUCAGAGAAACAAGCCUCCACUCCAUGGACUCUUCCUACAUUCCCUUGCCUCGGGAAAGCAGGCCAUGUACUCAAAGAACCUCAUAACCUGGACAGUCUGGCUGCAAACCCACUCCCCCAUCGUUGGUGGAGAGAUACAAAAGCCUUAAAGUGCGUAACACCAGGCUGAAGGAUGGCUUCCUGUCUGUGGUUAGAAGCCAAAUAAAUGGCAAAAUGGACUCGACCUCACAAUGUAACUCGACGUGACCGUGCACCAUAUGUCUAUCUGCACUACACUUUCUCUGCAGC